UGACGAAGAUGGCACAUUUUGCACCCUGUCGCACGACAAUCACAGCCAAAGAGACUGAAAGAUUGUUCAUCUCCACCAUUGUUCGACUGCACGGCCUACCCUUGGCGAUCAUCAAUGACCGCGACCCCAGGUUCACAUCCAAUUUUUGGCAAAACCUGGGAAUACUAGUACGGCACCCGCAUGCAAUUUUCGUCCGCCUACCACCCACAAACCGACGGUCAAACCGAGCGCACCAAUCAGCCCAUGGAGCAGCUGAUACGCACCAACUGCCCCAAUCCUGCACGGUGGGAGGAAUUCCUGCCCAUGUUGGAAUUUUCCGACAGCAAUGCUCCAUUUGCAACGACAAAUCACUCGUCAUUUUUCCUCAACUACGGGAUAGACCCUUCUAUUUCGCAUCGUGAAAAUUGUGACAUCUGUCACAGAGAA